AUGUCUGAGCUUUUAAACAUAGAGAAAACCACCAUGAAAAAUAACUCUGAGAAAUCGAUAGUGAAUGCAGCUCAAUCCACUGGAUACCCUACGUUGGAGAUGUUCUGGAAAUCCCAACAGAAUCAAAUGGAGAACAUUAAAGAUUUCAAGGACAGGUUGCUACUUCCACCAACUCGUAUCAAGAAGAUGAUGAAGAAGAACGAGGAUGUCCGAAUGGUCGCGGGUGAAUCACCAGUUUUGCUGGCUAAGGCAUGUGAGUUGUUCAUUCAAGACCUCACCCUUCGUUCCUCGCUUCACGCUCAGGAAAAUCAUCGACGUAUUCUGAAGAAGGAUGACCUUACUGAUGUGAUUGUGCAGACUGACUAUUUUGAUUUUCUUCUUGAUGUUGUUCAUAGGAAUGGUGCAACCGACCCUUUUGCACCAAAUUUUGUUCCGUUAUAUGCUGCUGGAGGUAGCAAUGAAGAGGAUGGUAAUAAUCUUGAUCAAUAA